AUGCCUAUCGAAUCCGCCUAUCCACCCGUCUCUAUCCCGCCGGUUGACGUUUGGACAUUCCUCUUUGAUCGGACUGAUCGCGAAUUCUCCGAGGACCAUGUCGUAUACGUCGAUGUCGCUGCACAGAAGCAGCACACGCUGCGAGAUGUUCGGGAUACUGCUCGGCGAUUUGGACAGGGCAUCCAAAGACACUGGAACUGGCGGAAGGGCGAUGUAAUGGCUGUCUUCACCCCCAAUUGCGCAGAGAUCGCGCCUGUAACUUUUGGCGCUCUUUGGGCUGGUGGCAUCGCGUGCCCUUUAAACAACCUCUACACUGUCGGCGAACUGGUGUCACAAUUGAAGUCGUCUCAAGCCAAGGCAUUGACAACCCAUGUUGCAUGCCUCGAAGUCGCUCGUGAAGCUGCAUUACUUGUUGGAUUACCCCUCGACCGAAUCAUUCUGGCGGGCCCUCGAGACCCCAAAGGCCGAUUCCAACAUUUUUCGGACAUACAGGGCUCCUUGACCGAGACGGAGAAGACUUCCAUUGACCCAAAGGAGGAUCUAGCUUUCUUGGUGUACUCUUCAGGCACUACAGGACUGCCAAAGGGGGUCAUGCUGACACACGAGAACAUUGUGACAAAUCUCCUGCAAGGAAUCGUGAUGGAUGUGAAUCGAACACACUGGAGUAGGGAUAGGACUAUUGGAUUCCUUCCCCUAUACCACAUAUAUGGUCUCGCAGUCCUCCUUCUCAACCCAAUCUAUCGAGGAAUAAGAGUCUAUAUCAUGCAAAGAUUCGAGUUGGAGCCAUUCUGUCGCAUCAUUCAACACGAAAAUAUCACAAUGGCAUAUGUCGUCCCACCGGUUGUCCUGCUGCUCGCAAAGCAUCCACUCAUCGCGAAAUACAAUCUGAGCUCGUUACGCAUGAUGCACUCAUCUGCAGCACCUUUGACGAAUGAUCUAGUAGAGAUGGUCUACAAGCGUCUGAAUGUUCCAAUCAAACAAGGGUAUGGCUUGUCAGAGGCAUCCCCAGGUGUGGCUUCGCAGUCCUGGGAUGCAUGGCAAAAGACUGUUGGCUCGGCCGGAACUCUCCUCCCUUCCAUCUCUCUCAAAUGCAUGGACGAUGGCAAAGAAGUGCCUCUGGGUGAGACUGGAGAGAUUUGGAUUAAAGGCCCCAACAUCUGCAAAGGAUACUAUAACAAUCCAAAGGCGACCGCAGAUUCCAUCACUCCCGACGGCUGGUAUCGUACUGGCGAUGUUGGAUACGUCGACAAAAACCACAACAUCUACAUCACCGACCGCGUCAAGGAGCUUAUAAAGUACAACGGGUAUCAGGUCGCCCCUGCGCAGCUAGAGGGUCUGUUGUUGGCGCAUCCUGCCGUUAACGACGUCGCUGUGAUCGGGGUAUACAGUUCGGAGCGAGCGACUGAACUCCCCAGAGCCUACAUUGUGCCAGCGAAGGGGUACACAAGUAGACCAGAGCUGGAGAAGGAAAUCUGUGACUGGCUGCACCCGAAGGUGGCGCCGCACAAGCGAUUGAGAGGCGGAAUCAGAUUUGUCGAUGCGAUUCCGAAGAGCAAUGCUGGGAAGGUGCUCCGCCGGGUUCUGGCGGAGCAGGCAAAGAAGGAGACGGCAAAGCUGUGA